GGCGGCGGCGGGAGCUCGUGGGUCCUCCGGCGGCUCUGGGGCGUGGCUGUGGGGAGGGCGCGGACGGACAGACCGACCCCGCCGAGAUGGGGGGUGUGGCUGCUCCGCCAGGGUCCUGCGGGUGGGAGGGCGGUUCCGCGACCACCGGUGGCCGGAGCCCCUCCGCCUUCUGGUAGAGAUGCUCUUCCUCUCGUUUCAUGCAGGCUCCUGGGAAAGCUGGUGCUGCUGCUGCCUGAUUCCAGCCGACAGACCUUGGGAGCGGGGCCGGCGCUGGCGGCUGGAGAUGGCGGACACGAGAUCCGUGCAUGAAACCAGGUUUGAGGCGGCGGUGAAGGUGAUCCAGAGUUUGCCGAAAAAUGGUUCAUUUCAGCCAACAAAUGAAAUGAUGCUCAAGUUCUAUAGCUUCUAUAAGCAGGCAACUGAAGGACCCUGUAAACUUUCAAGGCCUGGAUUCUGGGAUCCUGUUGGAAGAUAUAAAUGGGAUGCUUGGAGUUCACUGGGGAAUAUGACCAAAGAGGAAGCCAUGAUUGCAUAUGUUGAAGAAAUGAAAAAGAUUCUUGAAACUAUGCCCAUGACUGAGAAAGUUGAAGAAUUGCUACAAGUCAUAGGUCCAUUUUAUGAAAUUGUAGAGGACAAAAAGAGUGGCAGAAGUUCUGAUUUAACCUCAGAUCUUGGUAAUGUUCUCACUUCUACUUCAAAUGCCAAAACUGUGAAUGGGAAAGCUGAAAGCAGUGAUAGCGGAGCUGAGUCUGAGGAAGAAGAGGCCCAAGAAGAAGUGAAAGGAGCAGAACACAGUGAUGAUGAUAAGAAAAUGAUGAAGAAACCCACAGACCAUAAGAAUUUGGAAAUCGUUGUCACUAACGGCUAUGAUAAAGACAGCUUUGUUGAGGAGGUACAGAAUGAUAUUCCUGCCAGUUCUUCCCUGAAUGACAGAAGUGCUGAAGAAGUAAAACCUGUAGAUCAAAACUUGGAGCAAACUGGAAAAACUGCUGUCUGCAUUCACCAAGAUAUCAAUGAUGAUCAUGUUGAAGAUGUUUCAGGAAUUCAGCAUUUGACGAGUGAUUCAGACAGCGAAGUUUACUGUGAUUCGAUGGAGCAAUUCGGACAAGAAGAGUCUUUAGACAGCUUUACAUCAAAUAAUGGACCAUUUCAAUAUUACUUGGGUGGUGAUCCCAAUCAGCCCUUGGAAACUUCUGGUUUUCCUGAACCUGUUCAAGUAUCUACUGGAAAUGGCAACAUUGGGGAUAUGCAGGAGGUAGCAGUUGAAGGAAAAGGUGAAGUAAAGCACGGAGGAGAAGACGGCAGAAGUAACAGUGGAGCACCACACCGUGAGAGACGGGGUGGAGAAAAUGAGGAAUUCUCUAAUGUCAGAAGAGGGAGAGGGCAUAGGAUGCAGCAAUUGAGCGAAGGAAUGAAGGGUCAGCAAGUGGGGAGUGGAGGUGAUGGAGAACGCUGGGGUUCAGACAGAGGGUCGAGAGGCAGCCUCAAUGAGCAGAUUGCCCUUGUGCUCAUGCGACUGCAGGAGGACAUGCAGAAUGUCCUUCAGAGACUUCAGAAACUGGAAACACUAACGGCUUCGCAGGCAAAAUCAUCAACGUUACAGACUAGUAAUCAGCCCCCUUCACAGAGACCGUCUUGGUGGCCCUUGGAGAUGUCUCCUGGCACAUUAGCUUUCGCUAUCAUAUGGCCUUUCAUUGCCCAGUGGUUGGUGUAUCUAUAUUAUCAAAGACGGAGAAGAAAACUGAACUGAAGAAAAUGGUAUUUUACUCAAGAAGACUACUGGGCCUGGAUGACCUUGGAAUGAAAUGGAUUGUGGAGCUCACAAGAAAAUCUUAGUUUCUGAUGGUUACACUUCUUUUUGUUGUCCAGUAGUUUGGUUUGUGUACAUAUAUACAUAUAUAUAUAUUUUGCACUACACAAAUGAUAACAUUUUAAGGACUAAUAUUGCUAAUACUUGAAUAAUCAAUCUCACUAGGUUAUAAAUAGCAUACAUAGAUUUACCCUACCCUUGAACUUGAAGGACAUUAAAUUAUUAAUUAUUGUUUGGUAACAUGUUUACCUGAUUAUCUCCCAUAGAGAAAUAUAAGCUGCUUUUCCAAGGUACAGUUGUAAUAAUGAGAUCAAAUUUAUAACUGGGUAUUUUUAAUUUUCUAAAUUAAAUAUGAGAAAGAAUGCAAACCAAGAUUGAAUUUCAAAUGAGAUUAAAUCGACUUUAUAUCUUAGUCACUGCAUUGUCGUGCCAAGGAGUAGAAAACUGCUAGAAGAAAAUUCUCCACAUCCACUUUGUGGGCUGUCCGUAAUCUUUCUUGAACAUUCACAGCUCUGACCUUAGUGUUCAGUCAUCUUCCUUACAAAGUAGAGCCCUAUGUACUAGGCUUAGUUUUUACAAAUGAGUCACAGAACAGACAUAGCCUGCUGAUGGAAAUGAUGAAGAAUGGGCUUAAAGUAGGUUUGAAAGUGUAUUCUGACCCUGCAGAUCAUUACUAAGAUUUUUAUUCAAUCAUAUACAUUUAUUCCUUUGUAAUCAUUUCUCUUUAACUGAGGAUAUCUUGUUUCUGCUUCAUAGGGUGCUUUGAAAUAUAAAAUGAAAACUUAUUUUUACUGUUUUUACAAACGUCAAAAAGGAAACACAUGAAAAUCACUUUUCUGCAACUGGUAAACUACACAGACUGGACUCUUAACCUCUUAGUGCCUCAGUUUCUCCUUCGGGGUAUAAUAUUUUAGAUAAACCUAUUUCACAGGGGGAUUGGAAGGAUUGCAAGCUAGCAGGCCAUAUGCUUCCAUAUUAAGAAGCCAUCCCCAGCUAAUGUCGAUGUAAGUGUCUCUCCCCCACCUCCCGUAU